CCCAGGCGAGGCCUCCACGCUUCGUCCUGCCCUGUGCAAGGCAUCAGGGCCCAUGGCCGGAGGGGAUGACCUGUGUCAGACCCUCCACAGUGAGCAGAUGGCGGGGCGGGUCAGACUGACAAUCCCUUUAAUCCCAUUAGGGCCCAGCUGAGACAGAACAGGUCAUGGCGGGCACGAGGGCGCACGGCCUCCUCCACUUGCUCCUGGGCCAGUUGUGCUGUGGCUGUGGCCCUGGCAGAGGGCUGCGUGCUUCCACAGGCACUCGCGUCCUCUACACCCUCCUUCACGUCCUGGCCUCUGCCGUGUGCUGCCUCAUGCUGUCCCGCACUGUGGCUCAGGCUGUCAGGGAGAAGGUGAGCACAGGAGCAGCAGGGGAUGUGGGCUCCUGGGGCUGCUGGGGGAGGAGAGGUGUGCUGGAGGGGCUGGCAUACCCCCACCCCAGCCCCUCGCUGCUGUGCCCACAGAUGCCAUUCUCGGGGGUGCUGUGCCAACACCUGCCUGGCGGCACGGACUGUGCGCAGCUCGUGGGCUCCUCAGCCGUCUAUCGGGUCUGCUUCGGCACUGCCUGCUUCCACCUGGCGCAGGCCGCCCUGCUCCUCAACGUGCGCUCCAGUGCUGACUGCCGCGCUCAGCUCCACAACGGGUUCUGGUUCCUGAAGCUGCUGGUGCUGGUGGGGCUCUGCGCCGCCAGCUUCUUCCUCCCUGAGGACAGCUUCAUCCAAGCGUGGCACUACACAGGCGUCUGUGGUGGCUUUGCCUUCAUCCUCAUCCAGCUGGUGCUGAUCACUGCCUUCGCGCACACCUGGAACAAGAACUGGCUGACGGGCGCAACACAGGACAAGCGCUGGUACCUGGCUGUGCUGCUGGCCACCACCGCCUUCUACACCCUCGCCUCCGCUGCCUUCUCCUUCCUCUACAAGUACUACACCCACCCGGCCGCCUGCCAGCUCAACAAGGCGCUGCUCACUGUCAACGGCAGCCUCUGCGGCAUCAUGUCUUUCAUCUCCAUCACACCCUGUGUGCGGCUCAAGCAGCCACGAUCAGGGCUGCUGCAGUCCUCAAUCAUCAGCUGCUACGUGAUGUACCUCACCUUCUCCGCACUGUCCAGCCGUCCCCCAGAGAAAGUGCUCUACAAGGGGCAGAAUCUCACCGUCUGCUUCCCGGGCAUCCGGCAGGAUGAGAUGCAAACAGAGGACACCACAGUCGCCAUCCUGGGGGCUGCCAUCAUGUACGCCUGUGUGCUCUUUGCAUGUAACGAAGCCUCCUAUCUUGCUGAGGUCUUUGGCCCCCUCUGGAUGGUCAAAGUCUACAGCUUUGAGUUUAAAAAACCCUCUUGUUGCUUCUGCUGUCCAGAGAAGAUGGAGGAGGAGCUGAGAGGUGCUGAUCAGGAACAGACAUGUGAGCAAGAGGAGGAGCCUGCCGGAGGACAGUGUGUUUUCCAGGAUGAGCGAGACCGUGUGGUCUACAGCUACUCAGCCUUCCACUUUGUCUUCUUCCUCGCCUCACUUUAUGUCAUGAUGACCCUCACCAACUGGUUCAGCACCGGCGGAACAGCCCAGCCCUGCGCAUUGUGCGGCGGCGACGUGCCCCACACCGCAUCAGUGUCUCCACCUAGUCCCUGCUGGGAUGGACUGCACCUGGCCCCAUGCAUGGUCCUUGCCAUGCCGCGUGCCUGGGCCCUGGCCUCACUGGUCCCCCAGCUGCUGCUCACCCCAUGUCUGAGGAAAAGAUGUCAUCUGAGCGCAGGAAGAGGACCCAGGAGGUGAAAGCUCUGCUGCAUCAGCUCCAGGGACACAUCCUGUGCUGAGCUGGAGCCAUCUAGGGCCAUCCCGAGCCUGCCUGGGUGGCAGGUACUCAGUUUCGGCUGCUGCGGCACUCCAGCCAUGGAGGCAGCUCCUGCCCAUGCGCCUGGCUGCCACCCCCCUGCCUUGGCCCAGGCCUGGUGGGGAGCAGCGCUGUGCUCCGUCUGCUGCUGUGCGUCAGCUCACCCGCCUGGCAGCGUGGGUAUUGUAAAUAGCUCCGUAAAUACAUUUUUUUUA